UCCCUCAAAAUGUCAAAUUUCACGUUUGUAUUUGUUACUUAAGUAUGUUUAAAUUUGGCUGAGUAAACAAGUUAAGGAUGAAUAAAAUUGUGCAUUUUGCAUUUAAUUUGAUAAAGUGAAUUUCGCUCAACGGAUGCAGUAAGGAAUUUUUAAACAAAGUUCAUUAACCCCUCGAUCAAUAGACUUAGUUGAACACUGUGACGUCAUGCGUGUGAACGUGCACUUUUUGAAAACAUAUGAGCAGGAAAAUAAAUCUGGUUUACAGACCAGGAGCUAGCACAUGUGACAGUCUAGUAUGGGGAUCUCCCUUUUGAAUACAGCACUAUCCGCUUUAUAGCAGCUAUAGAACAUCACCUCAUCUUUGGCUUUAUCAUUCUAAGGUUACAAGAAAAAGCCGGCCAUGAUGCACCUCAACGGCCUAGAAAAGAACCUGUCGUCCACGAGCCUGGAAGAGAUGGAGGAGCCGGAGAAAGAACCAAUCGUGUACGAGGACGCCAAACACACGACCAACGUCCUCAACUCGCUACGCCAGAUGCACAAACGGGGCCAGUUCUGCGACGCAACGUUGAUCGUGGGCGAGCAUGAGCUCGGAAUACAUCGCGCCGUGCUUGCUGCGUCAAGUCCCUACUUUUUCCAGUUGUUUGAGAGUUCAGACACGGACGACAGUCUGCGUACGUUCAAGUUGAAAGGCGUCCAGUUUGAGCGGUUUAAGCCACUGCUUGAUUUCAUGUACACUGGAAGGCUCCAGGUGGCCCAGGACAUGGUAAAGGCGGUCUACAACCUUGCGCAGGACCUGAGAAUCGCGUCUGCCAGCCAGGCCUGCGUCGAGUACCUCACCACCAGCCUCACUCCAGACAACUGCCUAGGUGUUCGCUCCUUUGCCUCGGAGGAGACUUUCAGAGAGAACGUUACGCAGUACAUAUCUGAGAACAUCCUGGAGGUUACAAACAGCAAGAAUUUCUAUGGGCUCCAAAAAGUGUCAUUGGAGAUAGUUGUCCCCAAUGAGCACCGCAUCAACUCUGCCAGCAAUGAGGAGGUGAUGGAGGGGGUGCUGGAGUGGCUUAAGGAGAAACUGCCAGACUUCAAGAACAAGAUAGAGGCCCUUUCAGAGGAUACUAUCCUCCUGUACCUGAACUCCAACAACACUGUGACAGACUGCAAUGAUGUAGAAGAUGAGGUAGUCCAGGAAAACGAACUUGUACAGGACUAUAAGAAACUCACCCGUAAGAAGAAGAGUGGAAUGCCGCCAAAGGAAGUGAAUUCUAAUGGUAGUAACGGCAGUGAACAAGAGAGUGCAUGCAAGGCCAUAUACCACAAGUUUAGCAUUGACCCGUACAGUCCCAAGGAGAUGGAGUGGUCCAUCAUAGCAUCCUACAAGACCAAAGAUCGCUCCUACAUGAUGAUCGCCAUGCUGAACGGUCAGCUGGUGACGGUCGCCGUGCACUACCGCCUGGCGACCCACAACAGCAGCGACGAGAAUGGAAAGCCGGACCCCGCAUCUCCCUUGUUCAAAUGCAAUGGCAAUGAUCUCUUUCAUGAACGGAUUACGGACUUGUCUCCCUUGCAAAAAAUGUUGUUCAACAGAUGCGCGUUUGGUAUAACCACCUUGGAUGGGAAGAUCUUUGUCUGUGGUGGCUACGACAGAGGCGAGUGUCUGAAAUCUACGGAAGUCUAUGACGUGGACACCAACAGCUGGUCUCAACUGGGCGAUAUGUGCUCGGGCCGUGGUCGAUUCAGUAUCGGCUGUUAUGAGGACAAGAUCUACGCAUUUGGGGGCUCGAGCGGCAACUUUGACAUGAGGACCGUGGAAUGCUACGAUCCAAACACAAGAAAGUGGUCGGUGAUUGCGAAAUCUGACAGGGGAUCCUCAUCACCAGGUAUCGCGGUUCUCCAUGGCAAGCUGUAUGUGCUGGGCGGCUGUAUAGGGCAGAUCACAGUUGCCACGUGCCAGACCCUGGACCUAGCCUCUCUAGAGUGGCAGGACAUUGCUCCCAUGAAACUAGCUAGAUACCAGGCAGCAGUGGCAAUUUUCAGGAACAAGAUCUACGCAGUGGGAGGAACCAACGGGUGGAAAUGUCUCAGUGAGGUCGAGGUGUACGACCCAGAGGUCAACGAGUGGACGAUGCAUUCCCAACUGAACAUCGCCAGACGUGGGGCAGGCAUCGAUGUGUUUCAGGGUAAGAUCUAUGUAGUCGGUGGCAGUGAUGGAACAUCGGCUCUCAACUCGACGGAAAUCUACGACCCAGAGAACCACAGCUGGGUUCUUGGACCGUCGCUACGUGUUCAACGUGCAAACUGCGGUGUAGCCGUGCUUAAUGAGAGACUGUACGCGUUGGGAGGCUUCAACGGAAAGAAAUUCCUCAACUCCAUUGAGUAUCUUGAUCUCCAAACCAAAGAAGCCUGGCGAAACGGGAACCUGGGGUUUGAGCGUUCCGUUAGCCAUGAGGCGACGAUGGCCGGAGGCCUCCUAACGGUGGAUAAUUGUAGAGAGCGAAGCAAAAGCGAUAUUGUCAUGAACGGGGGCGAAGAAAAAAAAGAUGGUGGUUUGUGCAGCGGCGUUUUGAAACAGGAAAUCAAAUGUGAGGCUGAACGUCCGUCAUGACUUUGAUGCAGUUUACUCUAAAUUUGACAUAUUUUGUGUACCUGUACAUAUUGCUGUUGUUCUUUCUAUUGUUUUUUUUUCCUUUUUUCAAUUUUGUUUUGUGCAUGUUCAUAGUGCUGUUGUUCUUUGUUAUUUUCUUUCCAUUGUGAAAACCUUUGUGUGAAUAAUUCCAUUAAAUUUUCAGGGCUCUGUUUCCAUACCAUGUAAGGGUAACCAUACAUUAUAACAAAUGUAACCAUUCAUUGUUUUCUCUGUUGUGAAUAGCAAUAUCAGUGUAAAAUUUGCCAGCUCAAUAAAGCUUAUGGGCCAAGUUUUAUGAACAUUCUCGACUUUUCAGCUCAACUCAAAGAUGAGAUUUGAGUUUUAUGAACAUACUCGACUUUUCAGCUCAACUCAAAGAUGAGAUUUGAGUUUUAUGAACAUUCUCGACUUUUCAGCUCAACUCAAAUAUGAGAUUUGAGUUUCAUGAACAUUCUCAACUUUUCAGCUCAACUCAAAGAUGAGAUUUGAGUUUCAUGAACAUUCUCAACUUUUCAGCUCAACUCAAAGAUGAGAUUUGAGUUUCCACUGAGCUUUGCACUGAGAAUGUUGGUCAGCUCCCCAACAAUCUCAAAUCUCAGCUUAAAAUGAUCUACCCUGUACAUAUUCCUAUAAAACUCAGGGUUAAGUCAGUCGUAAAACUCUAAAAAGCUUUCUGUGAUCACAUUAUCAACAUAAUGGUUAAGCUAAUCUCACAAAUUGAGGGGAAAAAACUCAAAAAUUAAGCGAGAAUAUCGACUUCGGUACCGCUUUGUCCUUCAUACUAGAUAUUUGACCCAAGACAGGUUUUGUCAAUAGCAUUCUAUACUUUUAAUUGCUUCUGUUAAAAAUAACUUUUUCUAGCCUUUGUCGGAACGAAAUAAAUGAGCCUUGUUCUUGGAAAACAAGGCUUAAUGCAUAUGCGUAAAGUGUUUUUCUAUAAUAGCCUGUGCGAACUGCACAGGCUAAUGUGGGACAACACUUUUCACAUGCAUUAACCCUUUUAGUGCAGGAACCGAAUUUUGAAGGCCUGUGCAAACAGUUUGGAUCCAGAUGAGAUGCCACAGGACGUGGCGUCUCAUCAGGAUCCAAACUGUUUGCUAUUCUGAUAGUUUGUUUUUUUUAAAUCGAAGAAAAUGCUAAUUUUAGAAAUUUAGCAGACAACAUUGUAGCAGACGACAAAUUUCCCAGCAUGCACAGGCAUUAAGCCCCAUUUUCCCAGAUUGAGGCUAAAAUGGUUUUGGAAUAGGAACUCUUUGUACUAUUACCAGCAUUUGAAGUGAACAGUGCCAUUCCAAGGACUUCAACUUUGUCUCCUCAUAUGUCUCAAAACAGUGAAAGGCUUUAGAACAAGGUUGUUUUCAAGUAAGUAAAUUUUGCAUUAAUAUUGCAAAAAAAUGUAUUUGCUUUUGUCUGUAAAAAAAGUUUGUGAUUAUACAAAAAACAAAACAAUUUGUUUGGAUUGAAAGUGCCAAAUGUAUGAAAUCUGUUAUAUUGAGAUAUUUGAUCAAUUUUUAUUUUUUAUAAUCCUUAUAUACCCGGUAACGAUACUAUUUGACACUCUGUGCUUUAUUAGCUAUAAUUUAUGGCAUAUUGAUGAUCAUUGAAUGAACUGAAUUGCUGAUUUGUUUGGCAGCAUGUAAAUUACAUUUAGGUCAUAAAGCAUAAUUUUUGCUGAAAUAACCAGUCCCCAUUUAUUAAAUAAUAACAUUCAAGUAAUAAAGCAUAAUAUUGUUAAAUAUUAAGUCCCAAUUAUAAAAAAUACUGAGCAGAUAUUAUGUUACAAACUUUUACUUAACAUAAUUAAAAAAAUUAUUGAAAUAUGUAAAAUUAUAACAAUUUUGGUAAUUAUUAAUAGUAUAAUUUCCUUGCAUUUUGUGGAUUAAGUUGUUUUUGCCUUCUGGAAACUAUAAUGUUUAUUUGAGAAUUUUAUCAUUUCUAAGAAUUGCAUACAUUGUACACAUAAUCCAAAGCGGAAAGUGACGGUCCAUCCAUAGCAAGAAUAUAAGUGGUUUAUUCUAUAUGACUCGAUCAUGCAAUGUUUGUUACUUUUUAUAAUUGUGUCAGUAAUCAAGAUAAUUUCGUAUUUAUGCAUUUUAAGGUAUGUAAACAAAUUUUACUUACCAGUAUAUUUAUGUAUAGAAUUUAUUUACUGUAUUUAAAGGGCUUUUUUGUUAUAACUACGUUGGAUCUUGAUGUUUCUUGAAGUCCCGCAUAUGUAAAUAAUGUAAAACUAAACCUCUGUGUGUGCGUGUGGAACUUUAUGUGGUCUGCCUGGGCCUGAGGCAUUAUAUGAGUACUGGGGGUGUUUCCAAGCCCCCAGCUCUCAGAUUUAUACUUGUAUGUUGAACCACCUCAAUCUUCAAAUGGUGCAAUCAUGUUUUUGGUCAAUAAAGUUAAGACCAAGAUUGCGACUGACGUAUUGAUCUUUGUGAGGCGAGUUUCCAUGGUUAAUAAGCAAAUCUAAAAAUAUCUUAAAUGUGUCCGGGUGUCCAGAAUGAAUAUCAUGCCAUUAAAGAAGUAAAAUAACUGUAUAGCUUACCACAUUGUAUAUUCAACAUGAAUAGCAUAUACUUUUUUGAUAAUGAAUGUAUUAAGUAUAUUUAAAAAAACAAGCUGUGUUAUAUUUGUAGCUUUACGGUAUUCAAUUAUAGAAAAUCUGUACAAACACUAUUUGUCGAUGAAAGUAUCUGGAGAAUGUAAUGACUCAUAAAUAAAGAAGGGGACAAGUU